GCUUUGCUGUGCCCGCCGACCCGAAAGCUACCAAUGCGAGGCUAGCUGGCGUUAGCUACCGGGAGCGGACAUGUUGUGCGGACCCUUCCUUGAAUAAACAUCGCUGCGUGCGGGGAAUCGGGAAUAACGGGGAAGGCCCGGAGCGUCUGGCAAUCAUGGACGCCGUCAACGCCUUUAACCAGGAGUUGUUCUCGUUGAUGGACUCCAAGCCCCCAAUAUCUCGGGCGAAGAUGAUCUCCAUCACCAAAUCAGCCAUCAAAGCCAUGAAACUCUACAAACACGUGGUCCAGAUUGUGGAAAAGUUCAUCAAAAAGUGUAAGCCUGAGUAUAAGGUAGCGGGCUUGUACGUGGUGGAUUCCAUCGUGAGGCAGUCCAGACACCAGUUUGGAGCGGACAAGGACGUGUUUGGUCCGAGGUUCACCAAAAACAUUACAGGCACCUUUGAGAACCUCUGCCUUUGCCCCGUAGAGGACAGGAGUAAGAUCGUGCGGGUGUUGAACCUGUGGCAGAAAAAUGGGGUGUUCAAGAUCGAGGUUAUUCAGCCCCUCUUGGACAUGGCGGCCGGCUCUGGUAGCGGUGCUGCCCCGUACGCAGGCGCUGACGAGCCAGGUUCAUCUCCACCUCCAGCCAAAGAGCCAGUUACUGUGGCAACGGCAAACUCCACCAUGACAUCUGCUACUCUGCACAACUCUGACGCCUUCGCUGCUGUGGCCCAGCUCUUCCAGGGUCAGCAGCUUCAGCAGAUGCUGCAGAACUUUCAGCAACAGCCGGUGCAGCCGGAGGCUAACACUCAGCCUUCUCUACACAACGUUCAAACACACGUCCAAAAUGUCCCCACGGGCCUGGGCAUGGUCGCCUCGCAACCUCUGCUCCCCUCCCAGCCUACACAGCAAACUCCCCAACAAAAAGCAGCUUUUGACAAGAAACUGCUGGACCGCUUUGACUAUGACGACGAACCGGAAAUCGGAGAAGAAACGAAGAAGGAUGAAGUCUCGUCACAGCCCUCCUUUAUACAGCAGCCUCCAGCCUUCCCACAGCACAUGGAGCACUUUAAACUGCAGAUGGCUAACAUGUCACAAGACCACUCACAACAGCUUCCCGUCCCUCCCAAUGGUCAGCUCCAGACCUGUGGUUUAUUGCCAGGGCAAAGCUUCCCAGUAACUAUGCCUCCUAUGGGGCAUCCUCUACCAGGACAGCCCCUCCCUGGUUCCACUGGGCUUCAGGGCUUCCAAGGGAUGUACCCUCCCCACAGUGCAGCCCAGCAACAACAGGAUAUCUCAAUGGAUAUGGACCAUUCAUCCAUGAGGGACGGCAGACAUGGCCAAAGGUCACACUCAGGCUCGAGAUCACCAAAGCGGAGGAGGUCGCGGUCUAAUUCCCGCACGCGGCGGUCCAGGCACAGGCGGUCCCGCUCGCGCUCCCGAGACCGGCGCCACCAUUCGCCCCGUUCCCGCUCGCAGGAGCGCAGAGACAGAGAGAAGGAGAGGGAGCGGCGGCAGAAAGGCCUUCCACCGCCUAAGAACGAGACACUAAGCAUCUGCAGUACAACUCUGUGGGUGGGCCAGUUGGACAAGAGGACACAACAACAAGACGUUGCCUGCAUACUAGAAGAAUUUGGACAGAUAGAGUCCAUCAAUAUGAUCCCUCCGCGUGGCUGCGCUUACAUCGUCAUGAUACACAGGCAAGAUGCCUUCAGGGCCCUGCAGAAGCUCAGUAGAGGACCAUACAAAGUAAACCAGAAAACCAUCAAGAUCGCUUGGGCUUUGAACAAGGGCAUAAAGUCUGAGUUCAAACAGUACUGGGACGUAGAGUUGGGUGUCACCUACAUACCUUGGUCCAAAAUGCGAGAGGACCAGUUGGAAGAGCUGAAAGAAGGAGGAAUACUGGAUGUAGACACCUUAUCACCAGAGUGGAGUGUAGCGAGGAGCAAACUUGAACAGUCGGAGGAACUCACCCACAACGGCCGCUCAGACCAGCAGCAGCUCGAGGAGGCUAAAGUGCUGCCGGUAGUGUCUUCGGCUGCUCCUCCCCCACAGGUUCCUCCAAUGCAGCAGCCAAUGGUCGGUGUGGGUUCUCUCCAGCCUCCUGUCUUUCCCGGUCCAAUCGGCAUGCCUCCGCCAUCUUUCCCUCCAGGCGUCCCCCCUCCUCCUUUCAUCAGGCCUGGCUUUAACCCUAUGCAGAUGCCUCCAGGUUUUCCUCCUCCAGGUGCCAUGCCCUUAGGUCCCCCACCUGCUGCCAAAGGUGGAGUUGAGGACCCGCCUUUGGACCCAGCAGGUCUGGGCAACAAUAGAGAUGACGACGGUCCCAACAUGUUUAACAACCAAAUGGGACCUAUGGGUAACCAGGUAGGCGGUCCUCCAGGUUUACCUCCAGGUGGACCUCUAAGUGGACUUCCAGGUGGCCCUCUAGGUGGACCUCCAGGUUCGCUUCCGGUCGGUCCUCUCGGCGGACCUCCAGGCGGUCUUCCGGGUGGACCUCCCGGUGCUCUUCCAGGUGGGCAUCCUGGAAAUAUCCAGCCGGGUUCUGGAGGUCUGCUUGGUGCACGGCCUGGUAUAAUCCCACUCCAGCGUCCUCCCGCUCCCCCUCCCGCACACAUGCAGCGUUUCCCUCCACCCCACGGUCCAAGACCACCUCACCCCAACCUUCCCCCAAUGCCCCCACAGAUGAUCCCCAGGGGACCACACCCUCAGAUGGUGCCCCACGAGCCCCCUCUGUCCAAGGGGGCCUUUGGAAUGCCCCCUCCACACAAUGUGAGACCCCCUUUCCCUCAUGGGCACGGCCCUCCUCCCCCACAAGGUCCUCCUCCGCCUUUUAUCAGACCAGGGGUUCCUCGUGGCCUGGAGAGGCCAGAAGAAAUGGACAGCAGACCAUUCAGGGGGGACCGGCCUGGAUUCAGAGACCGAGAGCCCGAGAGGGACAGAGACUGGGAUCGAGACAGGGAUAGAGAGAGGGACCGAGGCUUUGGGAGUGGAAGGCGUGCAUUCGGCGAUGGAGGAAGGGGAGGAGGUGGUGGUGGUGACAAAAUGGAUGGAAGGGAAAGGCUCGGAGGAUGGCAGGAAGACGGAGGCAAUCAUCGUGGAGGAGGAUGGGACAGAGACAGAGAUCGGGACAGGGACCGCGACCGCGAUCGAGACAGAGACAGAGACAGACGAGACUGGAGAGAGAGGCGAAGCAGCCUCGAUAGAGACCGGGAUCGUGGGAGGGGUGACGACGGGGAAAGGGAGCGAGGCAGGGGGGAGGGAGGAGAAAGGGGAAGAGGCGAAGGGGGGAGUCGAGAGAGCGGCAGAGGAGCUGAAGGAAAGGGGGACAGGCCGAGGCGGUCAGAACGGCGAGAGAGGACCACGCGGUGGGACAAGGACGACCGAUUGGCCGAACUGGAAAACAUGGACAGAUUUCGGACCUCGAACAGUUUAGAGCAACCACCCGGGACUGCUGUUGCCGCGGAAACCAGUAAAGAACCAGCUGUGGAAAGUUCUCAUAAGGACGCAGAAUCUGAACUUGAAGCUCCGCCACCGGAGGAAACUCCUACAGGAGAUCCUGAGCCCGCUGAGCCCUUACCUUCAGCUCAAAGUGAGCAAACAGAAACUGAACAGAAAGCGGAAUCAUAGACUGUUCACUGAAAAAAAAAAAAAAAAGUUUCCAGUUGUCUCAGCUCGUGGCAGUUUGUACAUUGGUAUUGGACAGUUUCUGGGCAGUAGUUCAUUUAUUGAAAACAAACUGAUCUCCCACACAUAUUGGCUUCAUUGGUACCAAUCAUGACCAUGAUAAAAAUCACAUUUACAUCUCAAAACACUUGAAAAUCAGUUUGGAAAAAUGGCCGUAGUUCAAUAUUGGCAAUUAACUGUAUUUUUUAUUUUUUUUUAAACCUUCCCUUUAAGGUGCGAGAAUGAACAAUGUUUGCAUGUUACCUUAGAUCUGUCCGUAUCUAGUUUCAUAUUACUUUACAGAUGGAGGACACGAUGACAAAUUAGUUUUUACUUCAUGCCAUCAUCUGUGGACAUCAGGAACACAUAACAUUGUAAAUGUAGCCUUUUACAAAAUAGUUUUUAAACUUGCCAAAAUGUCAAAACACUGAAUAUUGUUUCAAGCAACUCUGUCAUAAUAGACGCACCAUUAUAUAUUUUUUUUCUUUGUCAUCUUGUCUUUUAUGUUGACUCCUCAUUACAGCCAAAAAGAAACAGGACAGGACUACAGUGGCCUUAAAAUCAAAUCAAGUGAAUUGCAGAUAUUUGGGAUUUAACAAAAUAUAUAAGAUAUACAAGAUGGGGAACACAUCCCUGUGAACGUUGGGCUUGUUUGCUUCGGUACUUUUAUCACACAAUGUCCUCACUUUUCGUCCUUUGAACCACAUCAGGUAGAAUAAAGACACAAAUGUCUUCACUCUACCAGACACUUGGUGCUGUAACUAAAAAGUGACCCACACUUCUAUAGUUCAAUACUCCGUGUCCUUAAAUAUUCCUUCAUGACUCCCUGGUUUUAUGUUUAUGUUUUAGUUGAUGUAUUCCACUAGCGCCGAGACUCCUGAAACAUAGAACUCCUUAGAUCCUAAAAUUAUUUUUAAAAGAUCUCUAACUCGAUAGUUACUGAUAAAAGGUCAGUCUGCAGGUCUUGUGAUUAAUUCUAAUGUUUUUACACAGUAAAGAUUGUUUCACAUAUUUUGAUCAUGCUAUACUCAUCCAGAUGUCACUUGAUCGCAAAGAUGUUCAUUUUGUUGCCGGGUCACAAAAAUAUUAGCCUGUAAUAGCCUUUAGUCAUGGCGUAGACUUAUUUCUUAUCAGAGUGAGUCUCGUAAACAUAUCAUUAUAAGCCGUGUUUUAACCCAUACAGAGACGAUAAAUACCACUGCACUCAAUUUGAUGGUGAAACAUCCAAGCAGAGCCACAAAAUCACCUCCACGGCCCUUGGAUGUCUAUGUCGCUGUUAUUCUUCUCCAUCAUGAUACAAAAUCUGCCCAAAGGACUUGAUUGGCCCAGCAGGUUCUCACUAAAUUAAUUCCUCGUUGAGCUUCUCCAGACCAAAAUGGGCUAGCCAACAUUUUCAGAACAAGGAAACUUCAGGAUGGCUUCUGGACAACAAAAAUAUGGGAGGCGGUCUCAAAACCCAAGAACCUAAACUUCUAAAGAGGCAAAUCAAAUGUAUUUGGCACAUGCAACAUUCACAUAACAGUAAGAAUCUAUUGGUGGAAAAUUGUGGAAAAGAUGUGAACCGAGUAAAGGGGUUAUACAGGACUCGCAAAUAAAGAUCCAGUUGAUCCACCUCUCUAAAGAAAUAUCAAAGCGAGUAUUUUCUACAGAGUACAGAGAGUGUACAGAGUUUCAUCAUAGUUUAUGAUCAUUUUGAUAAUUGGCUGCAAUGUUUUCCAAACUGAUAUAAUCAAAGGCUUGUGCAAGUGAAAUGGUAGGAUGUGAAUACUUUAGUUUUUGCUGGUCCCAAGUUUCACACCCUUGCCAAAUUAAGUAGAAGUACAAGUGCACAAGUUUAAAAUUCACAUACCAAGUUUAAUUUUUGAACAUUCUCUGUAUUUUUGAGGUGAACAGGCCUGUUUGUUAAGCUUUAUGUUGAUGAUGGUGUCCUUUCUCUGUUAGGAAGGAUAAGGAUAAUGAUUUGAAUUGUGUAUGACUUGCAUUUGUUUUUUUUUGUUUUUUUAAUCAUAAUCAGGUUUUGGCCACCUAGAGAUACAAAACGCAAACCUUUAGAAAUGUUUGAACGAAGAACUGAUAAACUCAGUUUUCAAGUGUCCAUUUCAUUGAAGAGAUACUAUAUUCAGUGGAAAGUUGUUCAAAUCUGAAGCCCAGAUUCUGCAAGCGCAUCCUCUUGCGCUCACAUAACUUUACACCGAGGCAAAGUGAAGAAAUGAAGAGUAUUUCUGUAAAUAUGCUUGUGUCACUGACGAUUCUAAAGGUGUCUUGGUAAAUGUUGUGAAUAAUCUGUGGUUUGUUUUUCCCAGACAAACAAGUUGACUCGGAACGAGCGACAGAGGCCCUUUGCUUUAACGUUUUUAACUCCUAGUGGUUUGAAUAUUGACAGAUGUUUCUAUGGUUUGUUAAAAAAGGCAAAAGACAUGGAUAUAAAAUCUUCAAUAUUUCAACCGUAGGAAAUUGUUUUUAAUAAACUAUUUUUGUACCAAA